ACAAACUGUACCGAUAAUGGUUCCUUUUAUUCUAGAGAGGAGAAAUUAAUUAGUAUUAUGAGAGCUACGUACGUUGUAGAAAGAUAUGCAAGAUACUCUUAAAAAAAGGUCAAAUAUAUAAGACAGAUACUCAUAUCUUAUACAGAUUUUUAUUUUUCCAUCUCAUUAAUAUGCACUGUUUCUUAUCCUAACCAUCCUCUCUAUCUAAAAAAAAAAAAAAGUACACCAAAAAAAAAGAAAAAAUCAAAAUGGAACCAUCCCAUGAAGGCCCAGGAGAUCAUCAAACAGCAGGAAACGGCGACGGCGCCGCGAGCAGUAGCAUGUGGGAGAUAGAGGAGGUGGGGGAUGAGGCGGCAGUCGCGGGGCCGCCGCGACAUCCGACGUCGAUCUCCGCGAAAGCUGCGGGCGUCGGCAGCGACGACGACGAUGUGUACGUCGCGAUCGGGAAGAGCGCCUCGAGCAUGGAUGCGCUGUCGUGGGCGUUGAAGAACGUCGCGAAGCCGACGAGCUUCGUCUAUCUCGUGCACGUCUUUCCCGUUGUGCAUCAUAUUCCCACUCCAUUAGGAAUGAUGCCAAAGAGUCAAUUAAGCCGCGAACAGGUUGAAUCCUACAUGAACCAAGAGAGAGCGAAGCGGCGCGAAAUGCUGCAGAAAUUUCUAAACCUCUGCCAUACUUCCAAGGCGCAGGUCGACAUCUUCCUCAUCGAGAGCGAUCAAAUCGUAAACGCCAUUAUCGAGCUAAUCCCGGUGCUUCGCAUCCAAAUGCUGGUUGUGGGAACAGCAAAGUCUAAUUUAAAGAGGUGGAGAAGGGGAAACACAAAAGCAGAACAGAUACACAAGAAUGCACCACACUAUUGUGAAUUAAAGAUCAUAUGCGAAGGUAAAGAAGUCGAUGCCACCGACGGGACGCCGCCGCCCUCGCCACCUUCCAAUACUAUGAUUAACAAGAACAAAGAAAGCAACAAAUCGCCGUUAUCUUCGCCAUCUCAUGACAACAACACAGAUGCCAAGAAUAAAGAUAAAGAACAGAAAAACAGAAGCAAGGAUUCAAUUUUCUUACGAUGCUGUUCGGGCAAAUCAUCGAAGUGAUCAUCAUGUAAAUCAUCAUCUUCCAAUUCUCUCAUUUUGAAGUGAUGUUUGUGGAAUUUCUUUUCGAUUGUGCAUAGAGAACAUACAGAGAAAUUACACUCUGACAGCAGUUGAAACUGUAAUUACUGAUAUUUUUCUCACUUGCGGCGAUUGAUGAAACUAUGAAUUUUGCA